AUGCCUCCAAGAGUAAGAGGACGAGGCAAGGUUCCCAUGCGUGGAGGACCGUCAUCAGCUGGACCAUCACACAGACGCACUGCAUCGGCGUCCUUUUCCUCCUCCGACUCUCACGAUAUGUGGGGUCAACCUUUUGAGCCGGCAAGACACUCAGUCUCGCUAAGCUCAUCGCCUUCUUUCCACCCGUCCUUUAGACCACUUGUUCCUGAUGAGCCUGAACACUCUCACCACUCUCAACAAUCUCACCAUUCGCACGAGUCUUACCCGUCGCACAACUCUUUGCAAUCUCACUCGUUCCAUCAUUCUGACUCCCCCUACUCCCCGGGACAGUUCAACCCAGCCGAUUAUGUUAAUGAUUUUCUUGGAUAUAACCCAUUGGGCCCUGAGGACCAUUUCUCUCAGGAAAUGGAGAUGGAUGAUGACCCCGACCCGGAGAUGCAAACAGGAACCCCGGGCCACCCUAUCAGCAUAUCUAGUGGGUCUCCGUUUCAGGGAUCCCCUUACCGUGGGCCCGACUCAUUCCAGGAGAGGAUGGGUACCUAUGACUGGUUCUUUACCCCAUCUUAUCAUAGCUCUCCAGCCCAACCACCUUUGGAAGAUCCUCAACUUCAAGCUGUCUCAACACCACCACUCCCGGUAGAGGAGCCACCGCAGCAGCCACCGCAGCCACCUCCCGAGCCUCCAAGGCGAAGGAGGAACACACACAUGUCCGUAAGAGGUGGACCCUGUUUCAGUUCUCCUCAUGGUUCGAGUCCCUAUCCCCCUAUUCCAGAGGACCCCCAGAUGGGUGGGCCCUCAAACGCGGCACCGGAGGCUAAUCCUCCACAAGCUUCUUAUGCACCACCUCAGCCGCCUGUGGAUUUUGAUAACCCAAUCCCGACGUACCCAGGUCCUUCCGGGUACAAUCCUUAUGAGAACCCAUCGGGGUACCCCUCGGACUAUGUAUCUCAAGACCCGUACCUUACGGCUGCGCAGUACCACCACCUCUAUCCUUUUACUUACCCUCCUAUGCAUCCAUCUGGAUACCUGGUUCAGGGUUACCAGUACCCGCCGUACCAGCCACCUCCUCCCCAGCAGCAACAGCAACAAACUCAAGAAAUCCUGGAGAGGCUAGAUAAGGUUGAGAACAAGGCUAGGAAGAACAAGGAAAGGCAUAUUAGCUUCAUGAAAGGCCUUGCGAACCUUAUCAAAGGGAAGAAGAAGUAG